AUGGAUUUCAGCUCUUCUUUUACUCUGCAGUGCUUGCUGGUGAUAAUAACUGUUACUCAUGGCUCUGACACCUGGACCGGUGUGCUCAGCGGCGGCUCAGCAGUCUUUUCUGUGGGAAUUCAAAGUCUGCAGAACCUCUCCAGAAUGAACAAGAGGGAUGCGAGAUGCUUGACAGCUGUCUUAAACGAUACUUUGUUGGCUGAGUGCGGCACUUCUGCCGGCAGAUGCCUGAACUUGCAGAAUGGCUCCCUAGUGCUGAGGAGUGUGGAGAAAGAGGACGAAGGAAAAUACGAGUUUGUUUUUCACAACACCACCAGAUUUUUUACACUGGAAGUAUUUGAGCCGGCCAUUGGUAUCCAAUGCUUCCCUAAUGGGACGGGAGAGUUGUCCUGCGACGUGACCAGCAACGAGAGCACCAGCUUUCAGUGGCUGCUGAACGGCACCGCGCUGAGCGCCCCGGAGGCUUGCGUUAAGGACGGUGGGAAGAAGGUUCGCCUGGACAAAACCGUGCCCGGGGAAUUUGUAUGUGAGGUUCACCACGGGAACAGCGUCACGAGGACCAGGCCCGUUGUGCUGUCUUGCAGCUAUGGAGACUUGCUGCAGUACCCGUGGUUCAUUUACAUCCUGGCAGGGUGCGCAGGGGUUGCGGUUAUCCUGGUAGUGGUUGUGUCCUCAGUCAUAUGUUGCUGCAUGAAGAGGAAACACAAGUUCAUCCCAGUGCCUUCAGAGGAGGAGAAGGAUGAUGGACUAACAAUGUCCGUGGUCUCCAGCGAAGGUGUGAAGAGCCCCCCCAAUGGAGACCAUGUCGAGGCUCAAGCUGCCCAAAUCGACUGCCCUCCAAAACCUGAAGCUGCCGAGACUGGUCAAGGCGUUGAGCCCCAGCCGCUGGUGGAAGAAAACUUAGCAGUGGAGAUAGAGCCUGAGGAAAUGCCAGACCCAGAGGUCAUAGUUGAUGUGGAAAGGCAGGAAAAUGCCUCGGACUGUUUCCCGGAUCCAACUGAUGACUGA